GACCACGAACGUGCUCAAAUAUACCAGGUUAACAGCAUCGAGGAUGUGCCCGGCACGAAUUUGGCCGGAAAGUCGAAGCUUGGCGGUGAUGUCUCACUGAACAACGCCGGCGGAAACUUUGGCAAGUCAGAGACGCUCAACAAGCUCGUGAAGAACGUCUUUGGCAAAGACUUGGACAAAGAUCUACAUGGUGACCGCGCUGUCGUCGCCGAAGCUGCCGGCUUGAGUGUCGACGAUCCUGCCCUGAAUCAGCCCGGCCGAUUGCUGGCAGAGAAGACCGAACGGGACGCAUGA